AUGCUAUAAGACUAAUCUAAUCAAGAAUAACAUCAAAAUAAAUGUAUUAUUAAAGAAUCUGCUGAAUUUUAAUAAUUCAAUCCUUUAGGACUGUCAUUAUUUUUGGAAGCUAAUUGUUAGUAAGAAGUGAUUAGCAAAUAAUUAUUUGCUUAAAUUUUGAAAAUGAUUGAAGAUAAAUUGUUAGAAUUAGAAUAAAGAUUAGAUAAUAGAGAAGAAAUAAAAAAUAUAAAUACUUAAUUAAGCUAAUUUAAGCCACAAGAGUAAUAUUUUUCAUAAAAAGAAAAUAAUGAUACAUAAUCAGAGCAAAUUAAAUAAAGUAUUAAAGUUUUUUAAUUCAGGAAAAUUUAGUCAAUAAUCUGAUAUAGACAUUUAUUCUCCUCAAGCAGUACAACAGUAAGAUACUUAAUAGAUAAAAUCUUAAAAACCUUUAAGAUCUCGCUCUUAAGUAGGUAGAGCUAAUACUGAGUUAACUAAAACUGAUUGUAAGACUAAAUCUAAUGAAGAAGGUAUAAUGUAGAAAAUUGAAUAAUUUGAUAAAAAGUUAAAGCUAUUAAUAGAACAAGUGAAUAAAAUGUCAUAAAAAGAAAGUUAAUUUUCCAAAAAAAUUGAAUAGCAAAUAAAUGUCUAAUUAAAAGAUAAUUAAGAUAGACUUAUUUAAAAUGAAAAGUUAUUUAAACAAGUUCAUUCAACAAAUUAAGAAAUAACAGAAAAUUAAAGAGGAUUUUUAUCACAUUUAUAAUAAGUACGUUAGGAAAUUAAGUAAAAGAAACUAAAUAUAUUAGUUAUUUUUCUUAAGAAUUAACUCGAAUCAGCGAUGAAAAUAAAAUAACAUUAAUGCAAUUAGAAUAAAAUUAUAUAGAGCUAUAAUAAUAAUUUGGGGAAUCAAAAAAUGAAUUAAAAUUACAAAAAUCAUUUUUAGAAUCUAUUGAUAAUGAUUUUUUGAUGAUCUUAAAGAAAUUUAAAGAUUUAUAAAAUGAUAUUGCCAAAAAAAAAUUUAAUUCUAGUUAAUUAUAAUAGAAGCUUCUUUAAUGA